AAUGUGUUGGGAUCAUCAGUCAUCAGUCCUCAUCAUCUUCUCAAUAAACUCCAUUUUCUUUCCUUCUCUCAGUUUUCCAUGCUUCUACCACCAUCUUUCUAUCUUCUUCUUCUUCUUCUUAUUUUUCCUCGAACACUAUUUCUCUCUUUUUCUUUUUGAAUUUUAAUCCAUAUAUUUAAUAGCUAAUUAUUUGCGUCAAUAAAAUUAAUUAAUCAGUGAUUACUGAUUUCUAAUCAAGUAGUCUAACCUUUGAAGAGAAGUGAUUAUGGAGGCAGCAACUGCAUUAUCAGCAGCUCAUGAUGCUCUCGCUUUUCAAUUAUCUCCCGCCGUGGCGAGGCCUUCAGCCUCCUACUCUCGUAUUUGUUGCCGCCGGCUUCCUGUUGGGAUCGGGAAGGCGAAUCAGAUUCUCAAGAAUGCUUCGAGGUCUACUCAGCCGUCCAGUACCGGGAAAAUUACUGGUGUUAACGCUGUUGUUUUAGGAGAAGCUUUGGCUUCUGAAGACGACGAACUCGUCUUCCCCAACGAUGACUUCUCUCGUCAGGCUCUCGUUCCCUCUCUUGAGAAGUACUUGGAGAUGUAUAAAUGGUCCGUUGAAGAUCCAGCGGGAUUUUGGUCCGGUAUUGCUUCCCAGUUCUACUGGAAGCAGAAAUGGGGACAACCAGUUUUCUCGGAGAAUUUCGAUUUCCGAAAGGGGAACAUUAAGAUUGAGUGGUUCAGAGGCGGUAUCACCAACAUUUGUUACAAUUGUUUGGAUAGAAAUGUUGAAUCUGGAAAUGGUGACAAGAUUGCCAUUUACUGGGAACCCAAUGACCCUGGCUCCCAAGACUCGCUAACUUACUCUCAGCUUCUCCAAAGUGUUUGCCAGCUAGCCAAUUAUUUAAAAGAUAAAGGUGUUAAAAAAGGUGAUGCCGUUGUCAUUUAUUUACCCAUGAUCAUGGAACUCCCUAUCGCAAUGCUUGCUUGUGCCCGCAUUGGUGCUCUACACUCGGUUGUUUUUGCAGGAUUUUCUGCUGAAUCUCUUGCUCAAAGAAUUGUAGACAGUAAGCCAAAAAUUGUGAUUACAUGCAAUGCUGUCAAUAGAGGUUCUAAAGUUAUUACACUCAUAGACAUUGUUGAUGCUGCUCUUAUUGAAUCUGCUAAAACUGGCAUCUCAGUUGAUCUAUGUUUAACUUAUGAAAACAAAUCUGCUAUGAAGAGGGAAAGCACUAAAUGGCAGGAGGGCAGAGAUGUAUGGUGGCAGGAUGUUGUCCCUAAAUAUCCAACUACUUGUGAAGUAGAGUGGGUUGAUGCAGAAGAUCCACUUUUUCUACUGUAUACUAGUGGGAGCACAGGGAAGCCAAAGGGUGUUCUCCAUACAACUGGAGGAUAUAUGGUUUACACUGCCACAACAUUUAAGUAUGCAUUUGAUUAUAAACCAUCUGAUAUCUACUGGUGUACAGCUGACUGUGGCUGGAUCACUGGGCAUAGCUAUGUGACUUAUGGACCCUUGCUCAAUGGAGCAACAGUUGUGAUUUUUGAAGGGGCUCUCAAUUAUCCUGAUUAUGGACGAUGUUGGGAUAUUGUUGAGAAAUUUAAAGUGACAAUAUUUCAGGCUGCCCCCACGUUGGUGCGGUCUCUCAUUCGCGCUGGUGUUGAGUAUGUUACUCGGUAUCCUCGUAAAUCUUUACGAGUUCUUGCAAGUGCAGGCGAGCCCAUUAAUCCAAGCACUUGGAGGUGGCUUUUCAAUGUAGUUGGAGAUUCCAGGUGCCCUAUAUCUGACACUUGGUGGCAAACUGAAACUGGGGGCUGCAUGAUUACUCCAUUGCCCGGUGCCUGGCCACAAAAACCUGGUUCUGCAACUUUCCCUUUCUUUGGUAUUCAGCCUGUUAUAGUAAAUGAGAAGGGCGCUGAGAUUGAAGGAGAGUGCAGUGGAUAUCUCUGUGUGAAAAGCUCAUGGCCUGGGGCAUUCCGAACUCUUUAUGGUGAUCAUGAAAGAUAUGAAACCACAUACUUCAAGCCAUUUCCCGGCUAUUAUUUCAGUGGCGAUGGCUGCAGAAGGGACAAGGAUGGAUACUAUUGGCUUACUGGAAGAGUUGAUGAUGUCAUCAAUGUUAGCGGUCGUCGUAUUGGCACAGAAGAAGUGGAAUCUGCUCUUGUUUCUCAUCCCCAAUGUGCAGAAGCCGCCGUAGUUGGCAUUGAGCAUGAGGUUAAGGGACAGGGUGUUUAUGCGUUUGUCACCCUUGUGGAGGGUGUUUCUUACAGUGAAGAACUCAGGAAAAGUCUUAUCCUCACAGUGCGAAACAAGUUGCCGUUCAUUUCAGAUAGGAGCAUUUGCAGCACCUGACAAAAUCCACUGGGCUCCUGAUCUUCCAAAGACAAGGAGUGGAAAGAUAAUGAGGAGGAUUCUGAGAAAGAUAGCUUCCAGGCAGCUACAUGAGCUUGGAGACACCAGCACCCUGGCGGACCCAAAUGUGGUUGAGCAGCUUAUAGCACUUGCUGAUCGCUGAAGCUACCAACUUGUAUUGCAGGAUGCAACUCAGUUCUACUGCUAGGUUCUAAUCCCGUCUCAUCUCCUUCAAUAAGUUUUGAAUAUGAAUAACGGAUAUGGCUUAAAUUUGUAGUUUAAAAACUCCCUGGAUUUAACUGAAAUUUAGGUCUCAAAAUUCAAAACAUAUAAAUUUGGAGUCUAUUAAAUAUGGUUAUAU